AUGAGCCCAAUGGGCAACGGCUCAGACGCAGACGCUGCUACGGAGGCAGUCCCCGCCUCCCCCAUCGCCCAUGAAAGGGGCGAAGAGCUAGAAGAGGAGAAGGUCACCCUGGACCCCGGCGCGCUCGCGGCCCUCAUAAACAAGCUCACGGCCAAGGUGGAAAGCUUGGAGAGGUCGCUCGAGACGCACCAGCAACAAGCGGCCGUUACGCCGCCCGGCACGGGGGCAGUCUUCGGGCAGAGCGUGUACCGGCAGGCGCUACAACAUGGCGGCAGCCUGGGUAUGCAACGCAUGCAGAUGCAUGAGCUCGGCGCUUCGAACUUCGCAGCCAGGAGGCACGCCAUUCCAGGCUCAAGGAGCAGUGCCGCCGCCGCCACAGUAUCCGCCGCAACAACAACCAGCUGCGCAGUAUCAAGCGCAUCGGCCGCCGCCGCUGCACAUCAACGAGAGGGUGCCGCCGGCCAAGGACGCCAAGAUCUACAUGCGCAACUUCGACGGCUCUGA